UUUUUCUAUUCACAAAAAAAUGGGAGAAUCUCGUACUGAAUUAUUAGCAUGGCUUAACGACUUGUUACAGACUAGAUAUACUAAAGUUGAACAAGCAGGAACAGGUGCUGCUUAUUGUCAAAUCUUUGACUCAAUCUAUGGUGAUGUCCCUGUUGGAAAAGUUAAAUUUGAAGCCAAGCUUGAAUAUGAAUAUGUAAACAAUUACAAGAUUUUACAAAACAUCUUUAAAAAGCACAAAAUCGACAAGAUUGUGCCUGUUGAUCGCCUGAUCAAGUGUAAACUUCAAGAUAAUCUCGAGUUUAUGCAAUGGGUAAAGAAGUUUUGGGAUCAAAACUACCCAGGAGGAGAAUAUGAUGCUGUUGGGCGUCGUAAGGGAGGUGCUCCUAGUGUAGCUGGUACUCGAUCCUCUACCACGUCCAGUGCUUCUGUUGCUAGUUCGGGUCGAGUCAGUUCUGCAGGUAAAAAGGCCACAAAGACACCAGCAACCCGUAGUGCUAGUCGAGGUGGCCGCACAAGUGUGCUGGAUAACCAUUCAGCUUCCAUGAUUAUUGACUUGAAUAAGCAAAUUGCCGAGUUAAAAUUGACGGUUGAUGGGCUUGAAAAAGAACGUGAUUUCUAUUUUGGCAAGUUGAGAGAGAUUGAAAUUGACGUUCAAGAAAACUUGGAACAACUCGAAAUUACUUGUGCUGAGACUGAAAGAAACCUUGAAGAACAUGAAGCAUUCCCUGUUUUACAAAGCAUUCAAAAUAUUUUGUAUAGCACAGAAGAAGGAUUCGAAGUUCCACCUGAAGAUGAAGAAGGAAAAGAGGCCUUAGAAUACGACGACGAAACCUUUUAGACACCUAAUAUUCCCGCCACUUUAAUAGUAAUAAAAAGAAAUGAUUCUUCAUAAGUGA